AUGACCAAGCGCGUCGUAGUGGCCUCCGGCUACUUCAACCCUUUGCACUACGGGCACGUGUCCUACCUGGAGAAGGCCAGAGAUCUGGGGACCAGCUUGAUCGUCAUUGUUAACAAUGAUGUUCAAGCAGCACUUCGCAGGUCAAAGAGGGCACAGGCUGAGGACAUGACUCUACCAGCACGUGAGCGAGUGAAGCUGGUCAGAUCUUUGCAAUGCGUGGAUGCAGCAGUAGAGGCUGUUGACCUAGACGACUCUGUUGCAGAGACCUUGCAGCUGCUACAUCCGGACAUUUUUGCCAAUGGGGGUGGGCGGGCUCCUGCGCAGCAAGAGGUCCAAGUGUGCCAGAAGCUGCGCAUCCAGAUGGUGGAUGGAUUGGGCAUACAGCUCUUGUCGCUUGCCCCAUACACCCAGCAUUAUGACUGGGGCAAGCCAAGAAACGAGAGCAUCAUCGCGGCACUCACGGGUCAACAAAGCCCACACUUGACGGACGAGCCCGAUGCCCAGAAGCCUUUCGCAGAAAUGUGGAUGGGUGACCACCCUUCGGGACCGGCACGUGUUGUCAGUCCCGGAUCCAGCCCACGACAUGACCGAGUGGUCCACCGAAGUACUUCAUUGCAGGAUGUCUUUCACAAGACGCCCUCUGUCUUGGGACCGGCGCUGCAGGACGCAAAGCAGCUGCCCUUCCUACUGAAAGUCCUGUCUAUACACAAAGCCUUAUCCAUACAGGCACAUCCCGACCGAGAUCUGGCAUCGCGCCUACAUCGGGAAAGACCAGACAUUUACAAAGAUCCUAAUCACAAGCCUGAAAUCGCCAUAGCGUUGACGGAUGAUUUCCAGGCUUUGUGUGGAUUCCGAGAAGUUUCUGAGAUUGUGCAAAUUCUGGAGUACUUGCCAGAAGCCGUCGCCAUUGUUGGGCCAGACUCUUUGGAGAGUCUCAAAGCUGCCAUCGGCGAUCAGCAGGCAGAGUCAAUAGCUCUCAAGAAUGCCUAUACGCGACUGAUGCAUGCUCCUGAGCAAGACGUCGCUGAGCAACUAAAGCUUCUGCAUGCUCGAGCGCAGCAGCCAUCGCCAGCGGCACCUCCGAACAUAAAGGAGCUCUGUGAGCUGGUAUGUACCUUGCAUGCACAGUACGAGAACGACAUAGGCAUCUUCGCCGCCCUCCUCAUGAAUUACGCGCGCCUCAAGGUAGGAGAAUGUCUUUACAUGGCACAGAAUGUGCCUCAUGCGUAUAUUGCGGGGGACAUUGUUGAGUGCAUGGCUUGCUCGGACAAUGUCGUUCGCGGCGGGUUGACGCCAAAAUUCAAGGAUGUCGAGGUCCUUUGCGCAAUGCUGCGCUACGAAGGUGGACCGCCAGCAACGGUCAAACCUACAGUGCUGGACAAGGGCAUCAAGCUCUAUGCAGAUCCAGACAUAGAGGAGUUCCAGGUGAUGCACCUGCACCUGGAAGCCGGAGGUCGACAGCAUCGGCUUUUCAGCAGCGAGGGGCCUGCAAUGGCUCUGAACUUGAAAGGUGCCGGUACUGUCACCAUCUCUGGCGAGACGAGGGACGUCACUCCUGGCAAGGUCUUCAUGUUUGCAGCAGGGGUCGAGCCUGAGAUCCAUGCAAAGACCGAGAUGGAUGUGUUUGUUGCCUGCUGUCCUCCACAGUACUUCCAAACUCCACACGCCUCCCCGGCGCACAAAUAG